GCGGCUGGUAUCCUAGCAACGGUCUUACAGGCGGUUGAGCCGCCUGGACCCGCCUGGACCCGCCGGUUUUGAAAUGGAGUCGGAGUCGAAAGUGUUGGGUGCAAGCAACCCCUCUACAGUAGAAGGCGACUACCUGAUUCUAGACCAAGACCCAUAUGAGGCCAACAUCUACGAAGUCCCGGACCCGGGGUUCCUCAAGGAAGAGAGGGGGUCAUCAUUUUCGGAGCUGGCCCCACAGCUUUUUACCAACAACUCGCGGUGGCAGAACAUGGCUCUGAGUGCCCGUGCCCGCCAGCUGUGGCUGCUCCUGCGCACAGGCCUGCAGGCCGUUGUGGAAAAGGAAAAGAGAGCUGAGCUGCACGUGGCGCGCUUGACGCACGGGCUGGAACCCCUGCGGCGCCUGGAGAUGGCAGCUGGGCUGUGUUCAGUGGCGCAAGACCCUGUGGGCAGACGCUUCGUGGUGCUGGACGGUGCAGGCCGCCUGCACCUGCACAGAGAGGAUGGCUGGGCACAAGAGAAGCUGCUGGCUCCAGUUGCACUUACAGGGCUAGUGGCGGUGCUGGGCCCGCUGGGCACUGUGGGCCGCUUUGUGGGCUGGGGCCCAGUGGGGCUGGCCAUACUAAGGUCCGACCUUAGCCUACUGUGGCUGAGUAAGCCAGGGGAGCACAGGGUGCCAGGCCGUGAGCCCAUCUGCUGCCUGCCGGUGCCAGAUCCCAGGCUGCUGCUGGUGGCGGAGGCAGGCAGAAGCCUGGUGCUCUGGAAGUUCCGUUCAGGGGGCCGCUGCCUGGUUCCCCACGGGUCACCUCUGCAGCUACCACCAAGCAUCUCGGGUGCACUUGCGCGUCUGGCUCUGGGGCCUCGGCCUCCCCAUCACGACCCAUGCUGCUUCGCAGCCUAUGGUUCAGCUGUGCUCACCUUUGAUCUGCAAACCUGGGCUCUCACAGAUGUGCGUCGGAAUCUGCACAAAACCACUAUCUUUGACCUGGCGUACUGUAGAGAGGUAGAGGCCAUGGUGACAGCUUCCCGGGACAGCACGGUGAAAGUGUGGGAGGCUGACUGGCAGAUCCGGAUGGUGUUCGUGGGACACAGAGGCCCAGUGACCGCGGUGGCCGUGCUCCCGAACACCGCCCUGGUGGUGUCAGCUUCACAGGACGGGACGCUGCGCACGUGGGACCUGCAGGCAGCGGCGCAGGUGGGUGAGGUGGCGCUCACCUGCUGGGGCCGCGGCUUGCCGAUGGAGAGUGUGAGCCGUCUGCUGGCCCCCGCUGGCCUGGGCUGGCCCUUGCUCUCCUUGGGGGCCCGCAGCGUGGGGCUGUGGCGUGCUCGGGAGCUCUACUCACCGUUGGCGCAGCUGUCUGCGCCGGUGCUCCACCUGCAGUUGGCGCCGGCGCUGUCCAAGCCCACCGCCCCGCACGCGGCGCUGCCCGCGCGCCUGGUGUGCGCCUGCGCCGACGGCUCGGUCUACCUGGUGUCUGUCUCUGGCGGACGCACCGUGAGCGCGCUUCUGCUGGAGCCCGAGGACUGCGCGGCCGCCGUGGCCUACUGCCUGCCUCGCGAGGCGCUGUGGGUGCUGACGCGCACCGGACACCUGCUGUGUGCCAACGCAGCACGCUCCCCAAUGCGGGUGCUGCACCGCCUGUGCCCGCCGCCGCUGCCUGCACCCCAGCCCUGCUGCCUGCACCUCUACAGCCACCUCACGGACCCCGCCAGCGCGUUCACCAACUGGGAGAUAGUGUGCCAGUACAAGGGCGAGCUGUGCCGCAGCGACGUGGCCUGGGCCUGGAAGGACAAGAACCGGUACCUGCCCGUGGUGGGGCACACUGAUGGCACCCUGUCCGUACUCGAGUUGCGCUCCUUGAAGACAGUCUUCCGAACGGAAGCACACAGCCCAGGGCCCGUCACUGCCAUCGCGUCCACCUGGAACUGCAUCGUGUCCUCUGGGGGAGACCUGACUGUGAAGAUGUGGCGCGUUUUCCCCUACGCAGAGGAGAGCCUGAGCCCCUUGCGCACCUUCUGCUGCUGCCACCCAGUGGUGGUGCUCUGCGCCCUCGGCAAGCGCGUCACCGUGGGCUUCGAGGACCCGAACAGUGCCACCUACGGCCUGGUGCAGUUUGGCCUGGGCAGCAGCCCUCGCUAUGAUCACCGGCCCCAGGACGACCCUACGGACCACAUCACUGGCCUGUGCUGCUGUCCCACGCUCAAGCUGUAUGCCUGUUCCAGCCUGGACCACACCAUCCGCAUCUGGACAGCAGAGAACAAGCUGCUGCGGCUCCUACAUCUGAACGGUGCCCCUCAGGCCCUGACCUUCUGCAGCAACAAUGGGGACCUGGUCCUGGCGCUGGGCUCCCGCCUCUGCCUGCUGGACCACAGACUCUACCUGCCCACAUCUUACCUGCUUAAGAAGCUGUGCCAAGAGGACCCUGAUGGGGCGGAUGACCCUCCACUGCCGCUGGCCAGCCAGGAGUCACUGACCUCAGCCCAGCUACAGAGGCUCGCCAACCUUCGUGGGGCGGCCAGCCUCAGCACAGCCUUGUGUUUCAUCCGUCGCCAGACAACAGCUCCUCAGCAGCCAAUGUCGGAGGAGGACUUGGAAGUCCUGGUUGCCCGGGACCAAGACCUUCAGCAAUUGAGACUGGGGCUGGAGAGCCCGGCAGCCCGGCCCCAGCUGACUUGGCAGCAGCGCCAGCAGGCCUUUGAUAACUACCUACACCUGAUCUACGGCCCGGGCAUGCUGAGUCUGGAUUCUGAAGCAGAGCCCCAGCAGCAGUGGGGCACAGUGGCCCUUGCAGUGGAAAGAGAGACCUGGGACCCGAGUGCCCAGCCCAGAGAUGGCCCUGCUCUCAGGGGCACUGAAGCCCCACCACUGCAGGACGUGGGGACCCUGGGCAGGCGCUUUGCCCGCCCUCCCCAAGUCCCCUUGCCUCUACCAGCCACCUACCGGAGGGCCCACAGCAGAGCAUCCCAGCUACUGGCCCUGUCCUCCCUGAGCUGUGAGCUGGACCUCGGUCUGGACCUGCAGCUGCAGCAGGACCGGCUCAGCGAGAAGCCUCUGGCCUGGGAUCCUCCGCCCCACGACCUGGGGCAGAGCAGGACCUCCCUGCUGCUGCAGAGGCGGCCCCAGGAGCUGCUCUCCAACCGCAGGGGCUUCUUCCCUGCCACCAUCCAUCCUUACAAGUACUGGCGGUGGCCCAUUCGCUUCCCGGGCUAUGUGCCCAAUUCGGUGGUGCUGCAGCAGAUGUGGUCGCCCGAGGAGGUCAGCGGCCUCGGAGCCCUUGACGGACUCUCGGACAGCCACGAGAGGAAGCAGCGCGGGGGCCAGGACGACCUGUGGCUGGUGCGGGGCAUCAGGCGGCGCCGCACCAAGCAGCAGCAACAGAAGCUGAUCCAGUGGCUGAGGGACGAAGAGGACGAGGACGAGGAGGAGCCGGACCUGGACUGGGCCUUGGAGCCCCCGAGUCCCCCGCACAGGCUGCCCUCCGACCCGCUGCUGGUGCCCAUGAGGCCGCAGGCGCUGAGCACCAAAGACCCUGUCCUGAGCCUCAAGGGCAUCCAUGAGGACACCGCCAGGACCAAGACCUACCUUCACCGCCCCCAGUUCCACUACUUGCAGUUGCUCUGGGAGCAGCGCUACGGGCAUCUGCCGAAGUUUCUGCAGUUCUUCGUUGAGCAGAACUGGUUCAAAAAGCUCUUCCCCAUCUUCACCCUUCAGGCCUACCCUGAGAUGAGCACGGUGGAGGGCCUGGCCUCCGCGUUCAUGGACCUACUGGAGGAGGCCUCCUGGGCCGACCGUGUGCACGUGCUGCGCGCGCUGCUGCAGCUGCUACCGGACCUCAGCAGAGAGUUUUGUAGCCGGCUGCAGGGCACCCUCCUGCGCUUGCUCAACCUGGAGCAGCCCCCCAGCCUGCAGGACCGGGUCCAGAAGCAGUUUGUGAUGCUGGCACUGCAGCUGCUCCUGGCAUGCUCCCUGGAGUCCCGCGAGGUGGUGCUGGAGCUGAUGUCCUACUUCCUCUACUCGCCAGCCCCCUGCCGGCCAGAGCUCAGGAAGCUGCUGGACGGACUCGGCCUUCAGGACCCGCAGGGCUUCCUGUUCAAGGAGAUGAUGACCUGGGUCCAGGGCCCAGACCCUGAGUCCAAGGCCACACUGCGCAGGCGCUGCUGCCAGAAGCUGGAGGAGAUGAUCCAGCAGCUGCAGAUGGAGACCGUGCAGCUGUCUGUAUCCAAGUUGUCAGAGGUGCUGCCCAAGGUUUCAAAGACCUCAGGACUUCACCCCCCUUCUAAGGAGGCCCUGUCGCAGAUCUCGAUGCUCUCUGGGGCAGCUGGUCACAUCUCUGUGACAUCCUCCAACAUCUCCCAGACACCCUCUCUGGUGGUCUCACCAGGGGUGUCAGACUUGACCACCCUGGAGCCCCAGGCCCAGCAGAUGCUGGCACAGCCGCACUUUGCAAGGACCCAGCGUGCGCUGUCAGAGACCCUGAUGUGCUUCUGCCUCCAGCCUGAGGUCUUCUUGCGGUCCUCUGCACCCGCCAUACUGCCCCAUGAGAUGCUGCCUCGUGAGAUGCCGCCCUGUGAGAUGCUGCCUCUGGCACAGAUGGUCUGGUCACAGUCCAAAAUGCUGGACCUGGGGCCCAUUGAUGCACUCAACUUCUUUUGCAAGCAGCAGCACAUUCGGCAGCAGGGGCCCCUGCCUGAGGAGCCCUACAGCCCACCCCCAGGCUCUCCCCGGCCCCCGCAGGUCCGUGGCAUGGUGCUGCCACGGUCCCCGGAUCCCCGGCACGACCACAUCCUCCGGCUUCAGGAGACUAGGGUCCAGAGGCCUCCCAUGAGACUGAGGGGCCGAAUGUUGUUCCAGCUCUCGGCAGACCACUCCCUGGACCGAACCAUCCGCAUACUGAAGCUGCCACUGCCUCGGGUGGAACUGCAGCCUUUCCCCCCAGACUGGCCCAGGUCCACCCGUCCGCUGCCCCCACGGCUCCUGCAGCCUGCCCUGCAGCGCUACUUUCUGCCAGAUAACACCAACCCUGACAGCUACCGCUAACCCAGCGAGUGGCCCUGGCCCAGCCCUAACUCCCCCUUCCCUCCAACAUGGAGUCAAGACAUGGCUCUCCAGCCAGCUGUUUGCCCCAGCUAAGGCUCAGGGCUGGAAUAAAGUCCAGAGGCCAUAACCCA